AUGGCGCUUGCUUUGCGAAGUCCGUGUCGCACAGCCUCCACGUGCAUUUUCCUCCUCGCAACAGCACUCUUUUCCAGCAGCGACCACUUCACACAACUUUCCGCCGCUGACGCCGCUGUGGACUCCGCGGAAGGCGGCGGUGGCGGCGGCGGCGGCGCUGCCGCCAUUUCCCUUCCCGAGUCGCUCUCCUCCUACUCCAACGUGGCGUUGCUCGAUCCGCGCCUCGAGCUCCAUUGGACCGUCAACGACAGCGAUGCGACCAUCCGAUUGGCGGUUCGAGCUAACACGGCAGGAUGGCUCGCUAUAGGCAUCUCCGAGAUUGGCUCCAUGGUUGGCUCAGACGUGCUCGUGGCGUGGGUGGCGGAAAAAGAGGGACGCGUGUACGCCACGGAUUGCUUCAUCUUCAACACCAGCACCGAACCCACACUAGACUCCAACCAAGACUGGCACGUGCUGGGCGGCAGUCAAACCACGAAUCAAUCCACGGGCGACACGUGGACCACCGUGCACGCAUGGCGCCGGCUGGACACAGGCGACUGCAACGACCGCCCUAUCAUUUCCGGGAAGCUUCACAACAUCAUCUGGGCGACAGGCCCCACAGAUGACGUCAGCUAUCAUGGCUCCACACGAGGGGGUGCCGCCCUGGUGCUCGCUCCUGCCCCUGGCCCCACCAUUCUUGAACCCUCACAACCGCCCUCAACCGCUUCUGCCGCUGCUGUGUUUAAAUCGAUUCGAGGUUCCGGGCGUUUGGCCGUACAACAGAAAGCAGUGGGGGAGGAGGAGACUGACGCGCGCGUGCUUGAGUUUACUGUGAAGGAUUAUCCUGUGAUAGACGCGCCUCUGGAGAGCAAGAAGCAUGCGGUGGAGUGGGGGCCAGUCAUCAACACCACCCAUAUCUCCUCCCUCCACCACGCCUUCCUCUACGGCUGCUCCUCCACGUUCGUGGCUGUGUGGGCGUGGGGAGGGCGCCCCUUCACCUUCCCCCCCUACAUCGGCUACCCCAUCGGCCCCGGCUACUUCACCAAGUUUGUGCUAGAGGUGGGUGCAGUCCGGUCCAGCGCGGUUCUAUGCAAUGCAGUGGGUUUCAGUGCGUUUCCACACGACUUUCCUCGAUAUCAACACUGUUGGCCUUUCCCUCCUCUUCCACCCCUCCCCUCCCUCUCCCUUCCCCCUCCCCCUCCCCUCCCUCUCCCCUCCCCCUCCCGUCCCCCUCCCCUACCCUCCACGCGAAUCCCUCAGAUGCACUAUGCAAAUCCCGAGGGUCGCAGCGACAUGAUCGACAGUUCCGGGGUGUACCUAAAACUGGCGGCAUCGCCGGGUUUCAAGGACGCUCACAUCAUGAAGGUCGGCAUGGUGGACCACACCCGGCUCAUCCGCAUCCCCCCCGCCAUGCCCUCUUGGACUCACUCAAAUUCCUGCCCGGGCGAGUGCACUGCUGCGGUGUUUAAGAAUGAGAGUGUGAAGAUCAUUGGGUCGAUCCUCCACGAGCAUAACAUUGGCCGCCAGGAGGUGAAAGGUGAAGCAUCAGGUGGGAGGCGUCAGGUGAAGCGUCAUGUGGGAGGCUUCAGUGACUAUGCAUCGCAGCAGACCAUGCCGGUGCAGCCCGAGUUUGAGCUGCUGCCAGGGGACGAGAUCCGCACCACCUGCGUGUGGGACUCCACCUCUCGCUUCGACGUACGUAUUGUAACGGUGGGAGGGCCAGCAGCUGAGAACGAGAUGUGUGUGGCAUACCUUGUUUACUACACCGCAACGCAGGGCCGAGACAUGCAUGCAUGCUACACAGUGUGUGGGGCGAUGGACAGCGGCACACUCUCUCUAGACCCCAGUCGCCGAGACCUCUCCACACAUUACGUGU